AUGGUGGUGCACAAGGAUUGGGAGGAGCAAGGAGGAAGCAAGCUGAUCAAAAAGGCUUUUGAGGCAUCGGCAAUGGAUGCAGAGUGGUGGAAGAAGGCGGAGACCUUUGUGAAGGUGAUGGAGCUGCCGUACAAGGGGAUGAGAAGGACGGAUUGGGAGUGGAAGGGGAAGAUGGGGGCGUUGUACGAUAUCAUGCUACAGCUGACGGAGGAGUUGUCAGUGCUGUUGGAGAGUGCAGAUUGUCGGCUUAAGAAGGCGGAUAAGGAGGGGGUCCAGAAGCACUUCAGAUGGCGUUGGGACGAGAGUUUGACCUGCCCCCUUCACGUGAAGGCUAUCUCGGAGAUCUACCACAAGGAUAUUGAGUGCACCAGGAACGCCGACGACACGAAGGGAACGAUGAAGGCGCUGAAGGAGGGGAUGCUGGCGAAUAUUGAGGGCAAGGAGUGCUUCGGGCCAGAGGAGGUGAUAGAGGGGUGUGCGGAGCUUAAGGCCGGGAGGGGGGACAUGGUGACGUGGUGGAAGGUAAAUGGCUGGGAGUACGCCGACCUGGCUAGCCUUGCGUGCCGUGCACUUUCACAGCCCGUUUCCGCUCCCCCGUGCGAGCAGGGAUGGGUUGUGUGGGAUGGCGUGCACACGGCACGCAGGAACAGGCUGGGGUCGGAGAAGGAGGAUGGAGAGGUGGAGGUGGAUGAGGACGACUUGUGCGUCGAUGAGUACAAGCACCAGGAAGAUUAUAAGGAGGAAGAGGAGGAGGAGGAGGAGGAGGAGGAGGAGGAGGAGGAGGAGGAGGAGGAGGAGGAGGAGGAGGAGGAGGAGGAGGAGGAGGAGGAGGAGGAGGAGGAGGAGGAGGAGGAGGAGGCGGAGGAGGAGGCAGAGGAGGAGGAGGAGGAGGAGGAGGAGGAGGUGGUGGAGGAGGAGGAGGAGGAGACCGAGGAGGAUGAGGAUGAGUGA